UGGGUCAGAUUCAAACACCAACUUCUGGAAAAGGUAUGAAACUAUUUGCUCAACUCAAAAUAAACUUUGCUAACGCCAUCAGCGGGUAUUAUUGUAGCGCAUGUGUUUCCAAAUGUAGCCUGUACAAUAGUUACAUUUGUAUCGUUCUCUGAAGAAAAAAAGGAGGCUAUUUUGCGUAAUCGGGACUCAACCGAACAGACAUGGCAGAACUAACUCAUAUGAUCGACAGCGAGGUGUUCCUGGCCUUCUCUACCUACGCCACUAUCGUCGUCCUCAAGAUGAUGCUAAUGUCUCCUAUGACUGGAUACUUCAGACUCACCAGAAAGGCAUUUGCUAACCAGGAGGACACCAGUCUGGUCUCCUCUACAGAGGACAAGAAGAAGAUGGUCAGGGUGGAUCCUGAUGUGGAGAGAGUACGAAGAUGCCACCAGAACGACCUGGAGAACAUCAUUCCGUUCGUAGUGAUUGGUCUGCUGUAUACCCUGACGGGGCCAGACCUCUCCACUGCUCUGCUCCACUUCCGGGUGUUUGUUGGUUCCAGGCUCUUCCACACGGUGGCCUACGUCCUCCCCCUGCGCCAGCCCAGCAGAGCUGUGGCCUUCCUCAUCGGACUGGUCACCACCAGCUCUAUGGCCUAUAGGGUCCUGAUUAUAGCACUUUAUCUGUAGAGGCCUGAGGACACACACACACACACACACACACACACACACACACACACACACACACACACACACACACACACACACACACACACACACACACACACACACACACACACACACACACACACACACACACACACCACUACAAGGGCCCUGUCUUUGAGGGUCUCCAUUGAAUGUGCUUGAGGAUACAUCUACGUUUAUCAUUAGAAAGUAUGAUGGACACCAAAGCUGUUCCUUCUGUGUGUCUGAUAGGAUUAUAACAGGAUGUUACUGCAGUACAUAUCAGAAUGUUCCUUCUGUGUCUCUGAUAGGAUUAUAACAGGAUGUUACUGCAGUACAUAUCAGAAUGUUCCUUCUGUGUGUCUGAUACGAUUAUAACAGGAUGUUACUGCAGUACAUAUCAGAAUGUUCCUUCUGUGUCUCUGAUAGGAUUAUAACAGGAUGUUACUGCAGUACAUAUCAGAAUGUUCCUUCUGUGUCUCUGAUAGGAUUAUAACAGGAUGUUACUGCAGUACAUAUCAGAAUGUUCCUUCUGUGUCUCUGAUAGGAUUAUAACAGGAUGUUACUGCAGUACAUAUCAGAAUGUUCCUUCUGUGUCUCUGAUAGGAUUAUAACAGGAUGUUACUGCAGUACAUAUCAGAAUGUUCCUUCUGUGUCUCUGAUAGGAUUAUAACAGGAUGUUACUGCAGUACAUAUCAGAAUGUUCCUUCUGUGUCUCUGAUAGGAUUAUAACAGGAUGUUACUGCAGUACAUAUCAGAAUGUUCCUUCUGUGUGUCUGAUAGGAUUAUAACAGGAUGUUACUGCAGUACAUAUCAGAAUGUUCCUUCUGUGUCUCUGAUAGGAUUAUAACAGGAUGUUACUGCAGUACAUAUCAGAAUGUUCCUUCUGUGUGUCUGAUAGGAUUAUAACAGGAUGUUACUGCAGUACAUAUCAGAAUGUUCCUUCUGUGUCUCUGACAGGAUUAUAACAGGAUGUUACUGCAGUACAUAUCAGAAUGUUCCUUCUGUGUCUCUGAUAGGAUUAUAACAGGAUGUUACUGCAGUACAUAUCAGAAUGUUCCUUCUGUGUCUCUGAUAGGAUUAUAACAGGAUGUUACUGCAGUACAUAUCAGAAUGUUCCUUCUGUGUCUCUGAUAGGAUUAUAACAGGAUGUUACUGCAGUACAUAUCAGAAUGUUCCUUCUGUGUCUCUGAUAGGAUUAUAACAGGAUGUUACUGCAGUACAUAUCAGAAUGUUCCUUCUGUGUCUCUGAUAGGAUUAUAACAGGAUGUUACUGCAGUACAUAUCAGAAUGUUCCUUCUGUGUGUCUGAUAGGAUUAUAACAGGAUGUUACUGCAGUACAUAUCAGAAUGUUCCUUCUGUGUCUCUGACAGGAUUAUAACAGGAUGUUACUGCAGUACAUAUCAGAAUGUUCCUUCUGUGUCUCUGAUAGGAUUAUAACAGGAUGUUACUGCAGUACAUAUCAGAAUGUUCCUUCUGUGUCUCUGACAGGAUUAUAACAGGAUGUUACUGCAGUACAUAUCAGAAUGUUCCUUCUGUGUCUCUGAUAGGAUUAUAACAGGAUGUUACUGCAGUACAACAGUACCUUAUUUUCCACUAGAAAUUGGAGGCCACUCAGGGACAAUCUAACGUUGAUGAAUAGUGCCGAGCCCUCUAAGAGUAAAACCCAGAUUCCAGCCUGUGUUGAGUCUCAUUCUCUAUUAGAAGCAACAGGGGUGUUGAGGUCAGUCAGUUCAGAAAAUUGUUUUGAAAUUCAGGAGUUUAAUUUGGUUCUUUAAUGUCUAUGUGGGAUUUUUCAAUACCUUUAGUUGGUUCCUUCUAGUCAUUUUAUGAAUCAACUGAACUUGAAGCAGAAUUGACCCAACAACCUGUUGCGUCCAAAAUGGCACCUUAUUCAAAAAAGUUGUGGAUUUAUAGUCCCAUAGGGCUCUGGUUAAAAGUAGUGCCCUAUAUAAGGAAUAGGGUUCCAUUUGGGACUCAUACCCUGAUUACAUGCCAGUAUCUGAAUGUAAUAGUUUGUGAGAUAAGUGUUUGUACUGCCAAUUGUUAAAUCUAUAAAAUAUAGAUUUAUGAGAAAUAAGGAAUGAAUUUCCAGAGGCCUCUAGUUAAAGGAAACUGGGUUGGUAGCGACGUAGAGAACUGAGCCAUCUAGUCUGAACGAAGACUACCUGUAUAAUUAUUCUAGUGGGAUUUAGUUAGGAUUUUAUUGAUAUGUACAAUUGAUUUCUACAUUAAAACGCCUUGUCUUUUUAACUAACA